AUGCCACUCGACGACCCACGAGUGGAUUGGAUUAAAAACACAGCGUGUGUCAUGUUGGAUUUGCCUGAUUCCGGCUGCUUUGAGGAGUUGCUCAGCCGCGGUGAUGGAGAGGAAGAGCAGAAAAUCCUAAAUUUUUUAAACUUAGUCACUGAGGAGGAGGCGUCCUUUACGCUCUUUGUCUUCAAGAAUAUAAGGGAAGAAGAGGUUGAGGUUGAAGUUGAUGUUCCUGAGGGGAAAAGAAAAGGCCAAAAAAGAAAAAAUAAGGAGACGGGUGUCAUACACCCAACAGAAGACUCUCAGAAGGAGGAUCUUGAAGUUGAGGGAAUGACAGAUGCAACAAAUGGGGAUAAACCACCUUGCAAUAUUGAGGUUCAGGUUGUGUAUCAUGUGGAGCUUCAUGUGGCUUUGAACAAUAUCCCAGAGAAGUUUGUGAACUUUAAUGCCCUCUACUUCCUGAGGAGUACAAAUGAAACUAUCACUGAACCUGUCGACAUAAAUGAGGCUAAUGAUUUGAUGUCUAAACUGAUUGAGUUUGGCAUGAUGAACGGCCACCCCUUGAUGAUGCUUAGAGGGCUUCUCAACUAUGUGUAUAUCCCACUUCUCUCAGUGAACCAGCUGAGGCUCACUGAUGGUGGUUAUCAUGGAGUGACUGGGUCUCAAGACAGGGAUGAAGAACAUAAGACUAAAGGAGAUGAGGAACAGCAGCCUGUAGAGUCCCAUAGGGCUUUUAUGGUCCGAGAUGAACUUCUUAACAGCACACAUAAGUUCUUGGGGGUCAUAGACAAAACCUUGCAGCAGUUGGAAGGCGAGAUUAAGUUACAUAUUCCAGAAAUUGAUUUGGAGGGUGAGGUGGAGGUGCUCUUGUCUAACCAAUUGAUGGUGGAGAAGCUUGAGCAGUGUGUGAUGAACUGGCAGACACAAAUCACUAUUGUCAUUGAAGAGCAGAAAAGGAAGAAACCACAGGGAUCGGGUCCUUUGGUGGAGAUUGAGUUCUGGCGUGAACGUACUGCUGUCUUGAGUAGUCUUUAUGAGCAGCUAAACCUUCCAGUGGUGAAAAAGAUUCUGGAUGUGAUGACACGUGCUGACUCCUUCAUUAUGGAGGAGAUGGACAAGACCAUAACUGAGCUUUUCAAGUACCAUGAUGAGUCUGUCAAUAAUGUACAGUUCCUCAGCACGCUGGAGAGACAUUUCAAGAAUCUUGCCACAGGGGUGAAUUUCAAAGUGGUCUUGGACACUAUUCCUGAGAUGAUGAAUGGGCUGCGUUUGACCUGGAUAUUAUCCAGGCAUUUCAACACAGAUGAGCGUAUGGCAUCUCUAAUGGAAAGCAUUGCCUGGGAAUUGUCUGAACGGGUUGCCAGAGUUGUGAAUGUUCAUGCUCUCUUUAAAGAUAAGAGGAUGGUGGCCAAAGCUAAGGCUCUGGAUGGAAAACAAGUAUUAGAUCAGUGGAAGGCCAGCUAUUUUGAGGUCCGUGCACAGAUUGAGGCAUCAGACCGAGAUCCCCGCUGGGAAUUUGAUCGUAAAAAGCUGUUUGAAAAGACAGACUAUAUGGCUUCGAUCUGUCAGGACUUGUAUAACUUCUUGCAGACUUUAGAUGAGUUCUACAUUAUCUUUGGACCUGAAUUGAAAGCAGUGACAGGUGAUCCAAAGCGAAUAGAUGAUGUUUUACGUCGAGUAGACUGCUUGGUCGUACCAAUUGAGGAACUUGCCUUUGACCCUUUUGACAUCCGCAAAAUGGGCAGCUGGAAAAUUACCUUGCAAGAAUUUAAAACUCAUGUCCAGUCUAUUGAAGGAGAAGCCAUCAAUUUUAUUGACCAGUCCUUCAAGACGCUGCGUUCUGCAUCUGCAGCCUUUGACCUGCUGCUGAAAUUCCAGCACAUUCGCUCCAGAGAUGCCAUCAACAAUCAGUUGAUGAAAAAGUUCAAUGAUAUUCUUUCUCAGUACUGCAAAGAGGUGGACAUUAUAAAUGACAUAUUUGUUAAACACAAGAAUAAUCCACCUCUGAAUAAGAAUCAGCCUUCUGUGGCAGGGGCCAUUGAUUGGUCGCGUUCGCUGAUAGACCGCAUGAGGAGCACCUUUAUACGCUUCAUGGAAGUGAAUGAUAUGAUGGCGAGUGAAGAAGGCAAAAUAGCAACAGCCAAGUAUCUAGAGGUUGCAAGGCGUGUGAGGGACUAUGAGAUAAACAUCUAUGAUUGUUGGUUUGCAGAGACUGAGCAGGCUCUGCCCCUUCUCAUGAAGAGAAGUCUGCUGCUCAUUGUCAACAAAGCUGGCAUUGGUACAGAGAGGCAUGUAGAAAAGGAUGUGUACUACUCUGUAAAUUUUGCCCCUGAGCUGAAAGAGAUCAUAUCUGAGACCAAUUACCUCGAUCAGCUGGGAUGCAGAGUUACAGAACUGGCACGAAAUGUUGCUCUGCAGGAAGAAAAGUUUCUGAGGUACAUACAUGGGCUUAAAAAGUUGGUAAACCAUUACCAUUCUCUGAUGGACAGCCUAAAUGAUGCUGAGUUAUCACUGAUGGCUGAGCAGGUGCAGGAACUUAGGCAAGUGCUACGCUAUGGCUGCAAAAGACUGAACUGGAAUUCACUUGGUAUACCACAAUUUAUCCAACGUGGAAACCAGGCCACUUCAAAGUUUGAGUCCCUUAUGAACCAAAUUCAAAAGAAUGAACGAGACAUUGAUGAGAAACUGAAAUCCAUUGAAUCAGCAAACCUUUUCAAGUUCCCAAUGCCAGACAAAACAGGACGCCUACCAGGCAUAAAGGAGUUCUGUGAAUUCAUUGAGUGUGAGAGGGCAAAAGUUGUGAACCUGCUGGUGAAUAAAUAUGUAGCCAUCAGUCCCCUCCUCUCCAAGAUGGAGAGUCUGAUCAUGGGAACCAGCACUGGCAAAGCCAAGCAAAUGGCUCUGUUCUACGCUUACUGGGAGCGCAAGAUCUUUGACUCCCUCACCAAGAUGGUGCUCAAGAAUAUUCAAGCUUUUAACACUGCAUUGAUGGGCACCACGGCACUUUUCCAAAUUGAUACCAUCCUUGCUGCUCCUGAGAUUGCUUUGCAUCCCAAGAACAACGAGGUGUACAAGCUUAUUAGGCAGUGUGUUGGUGACUGUGUGGAGAGCACCAGGAGGUUUGUUCGCUGGAUGCAUGGCAGUUGUCUCCACUGUCCUCCACAGCUUGUUGAUGGUGAGGAUAAGCUAUUCGUCUUCACUUUUUACAGUGAAAUAUGUCAGAUUCCACAGAUAAAUGAGCAAGUCAUGGCUGUCACACAGAGCAUGCAGCGACUACUUAAUGGCAUCAAUGUAUACCUCAAAAACUGGAUGAGCUACCGCUCUCUCUGGAAGCUCGACAAGGCUAUUGUCACAGAGAAAUUUGCAGCCAAGAAGCCCUCAUGCGUGAUGUAUGAUGAGAAGUUUCAGUUCUAUGUCAAGGUCGGCAAAGAGGUGGCGAAGCAGCCAUUGGUGAAGCAUGAACACAUUAUCAGGCUGAACCUGGAGCCACUGGCCCAUGCCGUGCAGGAGAACGCUCAGGCAUGGGUCACCUCUCUGGGUAGGCUACUCAAUGACUCAGCCCGAGAGGAGCUUUUCAACUUGCGCAAUGAGCUGCUGAAAUUGUCAGAUAAUUUGAAGAGGAGCCCCAAUACCUUGGAGGACUUGAAAUUUGUUCUGGGCACCAUCACAGACAUCAAAGAUAUGUCUCUCUCAGUAGAGAUGCGAAUCAAUGAUAUUCAAGAGAGAUACAGAACUCUGAGCAUGUACAAUGUGGAGACUAUGGAGGAGGAGCUGCAGCAGUCUGCGAACAUCAGCAAUCUGUGGAAUGAACUAUUUACAGAGUCUAGACUUGUGGACCGCAGUCUGGGAAAAGUAAAGAAGACUUUUGCUGAGAUCACCCUAAAACAGACUGAGGAGUAUAAACAAGAGCUGUCCAUAUUUGCAGAGAGCUUCAACAUGCAUGGGCCUGGAGCAGUGGGAGAUGAUCUAGAAAAAGGUUUGACAAUCAUGGGCACCUAUGAGAUGGAGCUGGCUAAGGUAGAGGCAAGCCGUCAGGAACUGGCCAAAGCUGAGAAGCUGUUUAACCUUCCCAUCACUAUGUACCCAGAGCUCCUAAAUGUGCAGAAGGAGAUGAGGGGCCUCAGACAGAUCUAUGAUAUUUAUACAACCCAGAAGGCGGCUAAGACAGAGUGGUCACAGACCUUGUGGGUAAAUUUGGACAUCCAACUCCUGCAGGAGGGUAUAGAGGGAUUUAUCAAGAGCUUGCAGAAACUGCCAAAGGAUGUGAGAGCACUUCCUGUGUCUUUCUUUCUGGAGGGCCGCAUGAAGGAAUUCAGAGAGUCACUCCCCCUCCUAUUGGACCUGAAGAAUAAGGCUCUAAGGGACAGGCACUGGAAGGAGUUGAUGGAGAGGACAGGCACCAGCUUUGAGAUGAACCCAAGCACCUUCACUCUGGAGAACAUGUUUACCAUGGAACUGCAUAAGUAUGGCAACGUCAUCAGUGACAUAGUCACCUCAGCUGUAAAGGAGCUUGGCAUUGAGAAGGGAUUGAAAGAGGUGGAGGAAACAUGGGAGAAUAUGAAGUUCAAUGUGCAGCGGUACUUAAAAGGCACACAGGAGCAUGGUUUCGUCCUCGGUUCUGUGGAUGAGAUCCUCCAGCGCCUGGAUGAUGAUGCCAUGAACCUGCAGAGUAUGGCAGGAAGCCACUUUGUUGGUCCCUUCCUGGCCACUGUACAACAGUGGGAGAAGAAUCUAUCGCUCAUCAGUGAGAUUAUUGAGGUGUGGAUGUUGGUACAGCAAAAAUGGAUGUACCUAGAGAGUAUCUUCAUUGGAGGUGAUAUUCGCUCUCAGCUACCCGAGGAAGCUAAUAAAUUUGACAAUAUUGACAAAAUGUUCAAAAAGAUAAUGACAGACACAGUGAAAGAUCCUGGCAUUAAGAGGUGCUGUCUAGUUCCAAAUCGCCUGACUGAUCUGCAAAACCUAAGUGAGGGUUUAGAGCGCUGCCAGAAGAGUCUGAAUGAUUACCUUGAUUCCAAGCGUAACGCUUUCCCACGCUUUUUUUUUAUUUCUGAUGAUGAACUACUCAGUAUUCUUGGCAGCAGUGAGCCUACUUGUGUGCAGGAGCACAUGAUCAAGAUGUAUGAUAAUAUAGCAGCUCUGCAUUUUGAUACGGGAAUAAAUGGGGAAAUGGUGGCAAGUGCUCUGGUGUCUGCGGAGGGAGAGGUGAUGACACUCAAGCAACCUGUACCUGCAGAGGGCAGAGUGGAGGACUGGAUGACUGGAGUACUGCUGGAGAUGAGGAGAACAAACAGACUCAUCACCAAAGAGGCUAUUUACUUCUACAGCCACCAGAAGACCAGGGUGGACUGGAUGCUUGACUACCAGGGCAUGGUUGUGCUGGCAGCAAACCAAGUUUGGUGGACCUGGGAGGUGGAGGACAUAUUCAAAAAGAUGAAUCACGGAGAUAAGCAGGCAUUAAAACAGUAUGCAAAGAAAAUGCACCAGCAGAUCGAUGACCUUGUGAAGCGCAUCACACAACCUUUAAAGAAGAAUGACAGACGCAAACUCAACACGGUUCUCAUCAUAGACGUCCAUGCAAGGGACAUUGUGGACAGUUUUGUCAGGGAUAGUAUCACAGAUGCCCGGGAGUUUGAGUGGGAGAGUCAGUUAAGAUUCUACUGGGUUAAAGAACCUGAUGAGCUGUUUGUGCAGCAGUGCAGUGCUCAGUUCUCCUAUGGCUAUGAGUACAUGGGACUGAAUGGCCGGUUGGUCAUCACUCCAUUGACUGACCGUAUCUAUCUCACACUCACUCAGGCCUUGUCUAUGUUCCUGGGUGGAGCACCAGCCGGGCCUGCAGGUACAGGGAAAACUGAAUCCACUAAAGAUCUGGCAAAGGCUUUGGGGCUCUUGUGUGUGGUCACAAACUGUGGAGAGGGCAUGGACUACAUGGCUGUGGGAAAAAUUCUCUCUGGUUUAGCUCAGUGUGGAGCCUGGGGUUGCUUUGAUGAGUUCAACCGCAUUGAUGCCUCAGUGUUGUCUGUCAUCUCAUCCCAGAUCCAAACUAUUCGAAACGCUGUCAUGCUGCACCUCAAGAGGUUUCAUUUUGAAGGUCAGGAGAUCAAUUUGGAUAACCGCAUUGGGAUCUUCAUCACAAUGAACCCUGGUUAUGCUGGCCGCACAGAACUCCCUGAGUCAGUGAAAGCUCUGUUCAGACCAGUGGUGGUCAUCGUGCCUGACCUACAGCAGAUUUGUGAGAUCAUGCUCUUUUCUGAGGGCUUCCUCAUGGCUAAGGUUUUGGCAAAGAAGAUGACAGUGUUGUACAAACUAGCACGGGAGCAACUGUCUAAACAGUCUCACUAUGACUUUGGACUUCGAGCAUUGAAAUCAGUGUUAGUGAUGGCAGGGGAACUGAAGAGAGGGUCACCUGAUCUUAGUGAGGAUGUUGUCCUGAUGCGGGCUCUAAGAGAUAUGAACCUGCCCAAGUUUGUAUUUGAGGAUGUUCCUCUGUUCUUGGGCCUUAUAUCAGAUCUGUUCCCUGGCCUCGACUGCCCACGUGUUCGUUACCCCAGCUUCAAUGAUUCUGUGGAGGCCACCCUGCAGGAGAAUAAAUACAUUAUGCUUCCCAACCAGGUGGAUAAAGUGGUGCAAAUGUAUGAGACCAUGAUGACAAGACACACAACCAUGGUAGUUGGACCAACAGGGGGAGGGAAAUCAGUGGUGAUUAACACCCUCUGCCAAUCACAGACCAGAUUGAGCCUGCAGACCAAAAUGUACUGCCUGAACCCUAAAGCGAUGAGUGUGAUUGAGCUGUACGGGAUCCUGGACCCUGUCACACGAGAUUGGACUGAUGGGAUACUGUCUAACAUAUUCCGUGACAUCAACAAGCCCACAGACAAAAAAGAAAGGAGGUACAUACUGUUUGAUGGAGAUGUGGAUGCUCUAUGGGUGGAGAACAUGAAUUCAGUUAUGGAUGAUAACAAGAUUCUCACGCUGGCUAAUGGAGAGAGAAUCCGUCUACAGAACCACUGUGCCCUUCUCUUUGAGGUUGGAGAUCUGCAGUAUGCCUCCCCUGCUACAGUGUCUCGUUGUGGAAUGGUGUUUGUGGACCCCAAGAACCUUCGUUAUGCUCCCUACUGGGAAAAGUGGGUCAACAGCAGACCCCCCACACUGGAGAUUCACAAUCUCAGCAAAGUGUUUGAGAAGUAUGUACCAAGUGCCAUUGAUAUGAUAGUGGAUGGUAUAGUUGACGGCAAACAGACAGAGAAAUUGAAGACCGUCAUCCCACAAACAGAUUUAAACAUGGUUAUGCAGUUAACUGUGAUGCUGGAUUCUCUGCUAGAGAAAGAGGACUUAACUUCAGAAGAGCUUGAGUGUUAUUUCCUUGAGGCACUCUACUGUUCACUGGGGGCCUGUCUCCUGGACAAAGGCAGACAGAAGUUUGAUGAUUUUAUUAAAAAGUUGUCUUCUCUGAACAAUGUUCAUGAUGAGAAGGUACUUGCUGGCCCAGGAGAGAUUCCCGGUGAGUUGCCAACUCUCUAUGAUUUCCACUUUGAUGGGACCCAAAAGAAGUGGGUUCCCUGGAGCUCCAUGGUCUCAAAAUACGUUCAUAACCCUGACAUGAAAUUCAUCGACAUCCUUGUUCCAACGGUAGACACCACUCGUGCCAACUGGUUGUUGGAACAGAUGGUGAAGGUGAAAAGGCCAGUGGUGCUGGUUGGAGAGUCUGGUACCUCUAAAACAGCCACCAUACAGAACUUCCUCAGUAAUCUCAAUACAGAUACAUCUAUAACGAUGAGCAUCAAUUUCUCAUCAAGAACAACAUCCAUGGACUUGCAAAGAACUCUGGAGGCAAGUGUUGAGAAGAGAACCAAGGACACAUUUGGUCCUCCAAUGGGAAAAAGGCUCCUUGUCUUUAUGGAUGAUCUAAACAUGCCAAGGGUGGAUGAGUAUGGCACCCAGCAGCCUAUAGCUCUCCUUAAGCUGCUGUUGGAUAGGGGUGGCAUGUAUGACAGAGGAAAGGAACUUAACUAUAAAAGCAUAAAGGACUUAGGCUUCAUUGCAGCUAUGGGGAAGGCAGGGGGUGGUAGGAAUGAGGUGGAUCCUCGAUUUAUCUCUCUAUUCAGUGUGUUCAACAUUCCCUUCCCUGAAGAGGAGUCCCUCCAUCUCAUCUACUCAUCUAUUCUUAAAGGACAUACCAAGCCUUUUGAGGAAUGCAUUCAAAAUAUCUGUGACAAGUUGACCUUUUGUACACUGGAGUUAUACAAAACCAUCAUUAAAGACCUGCCACCAACACCCUCCAAGUUUCACUACAUCUUUAACCUGAGAGAUCUCUCCAGAGUCUACCAUGGCCUGACGCUGACCAAUCCUGAAAGGUUUUUCACAGUCACCCAGUUUGUCCGUGUAUGGAGGAAUGAAUGCUUAAGAGUCUUCCAUGACAGACUUAUUAAUGAAACUGACAAAGUCCUGGUCCAGGGCCACAUAAAGAAUUUGAUUGAAGAGCACUUCAGAUCAGACCUCGAUUCGGCCAUGAGAGACCCCAUUCUAUUUGGAGAUUACAGAACAGCUCUUAAGUCUGAGCCGAGAGUCUAUGAAGACAUACUGGACUAUGAUGCGUCCAAAGCUCUGUUUCAGGAGAUCCUUGAGGAGUAUAAUGAAAACAAGACCAGAAUGAACCUGGUGCUGUUUGAUGAUGCUCUUGAGCACCUGACUGUUGUUCAUCGCAUCAUUAGAAUGGACCGUGGUCAUGCAUUGCUGGUUGGCGUAGGUGGUUCAGGGAAACAGUCUCUUACAAAGCUGGCUGCCUUCACCGCAGGUUAUGAGGUGUUUGAAAUUUUACUUAGUAGAGGGUACUCAGAGACUAACUUUCGUGACGAUCUGAAAACCCUGUACCUUAAAUUAGGUAUAGAGAAUAAAAAAAUGGUCUUUCUGUUCACCGAUGCCCAUGUGGCAGAGGAAGGUUUUCUGGAGCUCAUCAACAACAUGCUUACCUCAGGCAUGGUUCCAGCACUGUUUCCCGAUGAUGAGAAGGAGUUAGUCCUGAACCAGCUGCGAGAUGAGGCUAUGAAGAUGGGCUCUGGACCUUCUAAAGAGAGCUUGUGGCAAUACUUUGUCAACAAGAGUGCCAACAACUUGCACAUUGUGCUGGCCAUGUCACCUGUAGGAGAAACUCUCAGAACACGCUGUAGAAAUUUUCCAGGUUUGGUUAAUAAUACUGGCAUUGACUGGUUCUCUCCAUGGCCUCUUCAGGCUUUACAAGCAGUGGCCAAAUCCUACUUAGGUGAGAGUCCCAUGAUCCCAGAGUGUCAUGCAGAGGCAGUGAUGGAUCAUGUGUGCAUGGUGCACAGCUCUGUAGGUGAGUUUAGUAAACUGUUCCAACAGACACUUCGUCGCAGCAACUAUGUAACCCCCAAAAACUACCUGGAUUUCAUUGGUACCUACUCCAUGCUACUGGAGGACAAAGAUAAUUACAUCCUGGCGCAAUGUAAACGUCUAGAGGGCGGUUUGGAUAAGUUGAAGGAGGCUAGUGGGCAGCUAGCUGAGCUCAACAUUAAACUAGCUGAGCAGAAAGUGGUGCUGGCAGAGAAGACUUCAGCCUGUGAAAUCCUUCUACAAGAGAUCUGCUCUAAUACUGCUGUCGCGGAGGAGAAGAAAGCCCUGGCAGAGGACAAGGCUAAAGAGAUAGAGGAGCAGAAUAAGGUAAUAGUUGUGGAGAAGAAGGAUGCUGAAAGCUCUCUAGCUGAGGCUCUUCCUGCUUUAGAGGCUGCACGUAUCGCCCUACAAGACUUGGACAAAUCUGAUGUCACAGAAAUCAGAUCCUUCGCAAAGCCGCCAAAACAAGUGCAGGUGGUUUGCGAGUGCAUUCUGGUGAUACGUGGUUAUAAAGAAAUCAGCUGGAAGUCAGCCAAGGGUAUGAUGUCAGAGGCCAACUUCCUGCGCUCACUUAUGGAGAUGGACUGUGACUCUAUCAAUGCCAGUCAAGUCAAGACAGUCAAAACCUACCUAAAGAACCUCAACACCAGUUUUGAGGAGAUGCAGGCCAUCAGUAAAGCUGGUUCUGGCAUGCUAAGGUUCGUGGAGGCAGUCAUGGGCUACUGUGAUGUGGCCAAAGAUAUCAAACCUAAGAGAGAGAAGGUAGCUCGUCUGGAGAGGAAUUUCUUCCAGAGCAAGCGUGAGCUGGAGCGAAUCCAGAAUGAGCUCGGUGUCAUCCAGAAAGAGCUCAAAGCUCUUGGAGACAAAUAUGAGGCUGCCAUGUCAGAAAAGCAGCUUCUGCAGGAGGAGGCUGAAGUCAUGGAGAGAAGACUCAUUGCUGCAGACAAACUCAUCUCAGGCCUGGGAUCAGAGAAUAAGCGCUGGACGGAGGACCUGGAGGAGUUGAAGCAGAGGCGAAUACGUCUUCUGGGUGACUGUCUGGUCUGUGCUGCCUUCCUCAGCUAUGAGGGAGCAUUCAGCUGGGAAUUCCGCAGUGAGAUGGUGUAUGGGGUGUGGCAGACUGACGUCCUGGAGAGAGGCAUUCCUUUAAGCCAGCCCUUCCGUAUAGAAAACCUGCUCACCGAUGAGGUGGAGAUCAGCAGAUGGGGAUCUGAAGGUCUUCCUCCAGAUGAGCUUUCAGUGCAGAAUGGCAUCCUGACCACCAGAGCCAGUCGUUUCCCCUUGUGCAUUGACCCCCAGCAGCAAGCACUCAACUGGAUCAAAAAGAAGGAGGAGAAGAAUAAUUUGAAGAUCUCCUCAUUCAAUGAUCCAGACUUCUUGAAGCAGCUGGAAUUGGCCAUUAAGUAUGGCUUCCCUUUCCUCUUCCAAGAUGUGGAUGAAUAUAUUGACCCAGUUAUUGACAAUGUUCUUGAGAAGAAUGUAAAAGGAGCAGAGGGACGUCAAGCUGUCGUACUUGGUGAUAAGGAAGUUGACUAUGAUCCCAACUUCAAACUUUACCUCAAUACCAAACUGGCAAACCCCAAGUUCUCGCCUGCAGUGUUUGGGAAGGCUAUGGUUAUAAAUUACACAGUAACACUGAAGGGCCUGGAAGACCAGCUGCUGAGUGUUAUCGUGGGAUUUGAGCGGAAGGAGCUGGAAGAGCAGAGAGAGCGACUCAUUCAGGAGACCAGUGAGAACAAGCGCUUGCUGAAAGACCUAGAGGACUCACUGCUGAGAGAGCUGGCCACUUCCACUGGGAACAUGCUGGAUAACGUAGAGCUGAUCCAGACUCUGGAGGAAACUAAGUCCAAGGCCGGCGAGGUGUUUGAGAAACUGAAGCUGGCAGAAAAGACAGCCAUUGAUAUUGACACUCUAAGAGAUGGCUACCGCCCAGCCGCCAAGCGCGGAGCUGUUCUGUUCUUUGUGCUGGCUGAGAUGGCGCUUGUCAACAGCAUGUAUCAGUAUUCCCUUGCUUCCUUCUUAGAAGUUUUUGACCUCUCACUGUCCAAGUCUCUGCACCACGCAGUCCUAUCCAACAGACUCAAGAACAUCAUGGACACACUCACACAGAAUGUCUAUAACUAUGGCUGUACUGGGCUGUUUGAGAGGCACAAACUGCUCUUCUCCUUCAACAUGACUAUCAAGAUUGAGCAGGCUGAGGGCAGAGCUCCCCAAAAUGAAUUAGAGUUCUUCCUCAAAGGUAAUCUGUCCCUGGAAAAGAGUAAACGUACGAAGCCGUGUGCCUGGCUGCCUGAUCAGGGCUGGGAGGAUAUAGUGCGUCUUAUGGAACUCUUUCUUAAUGAGUUUGGCACUAUUGCAGAUGAUAUCGAAAAGAAUCCAGAGGAAUGGAAGACUUGGUACGACUUGGAUAUUCCAGAGCAAGCAUCCUUCCCAAUGAAGUACAAGGACAACCUCACUUCCUUCCAGAAGCUUCUGCUGAUCCGCUGCUUCAGACUGGACAGAGUCUACCGUGCUGUCAGUGAUUAUGUCACGCUUACCAUGGGAGAGAAAUAUGUGCAGCCCCCUGUGAUCAGUUUUGAAGCCAUUUUUGAGCAGAGCUCCCCAAACUCUCCCAUUGUGUUUAUUCUGAGUCCAGGCUCAGAACCAGCCAAUGAUCUUAUGAAGCUGGCCAAACGCUCAGGCUUUGGGGCCAACAGACUAAAAUUCCUUGCCAUGGGGCAGGGACAGGAGAAGGUUGCAUUGCAGCUGUUGGAUACUGCAGUGGCACGAGGCCAGUGGCUGAUGCUGCAGAAUUGUCAUUUAUUAGUGAAAUGGCUGAAGGAUUUAGAGAAAUCACUGGAAAGAAUCACUAAACCCCACCCAGACUUCCGCCUGUGGCUCACCACAGAGCCCAUAAAAGACUUCCCCAUCGGCAUCCUGCAGAAGUCCCUCAAGGUUGUAACAGAACCUCCAAAUGGGCUGAAGCUGAACAUGAGGGCGACAUAUUUUAAGAUCCCUCAUGAAAAGCUGAUGGGCUGUGCUCACCCAGCUUUCCGUAGUCUGAUUUAUGUACUGGCUUUCUUCCAUGCUGUAGUGCAGGAAAGACGUAAGUACGGCAAGAUCGGCUGGAAUGUACCCUAUGAUUUCAACGAGUCAGACUUCCUGGUGUGUAUGGAAAUCUUGGACACAUAUCUGACCAAAGCUCAAAUUCAAGGAGAUGCCAUUAUCCCAUGGGGAAGUCUCAAAUACCUAAUUGGAGAGGUGAUGUAUGGUGGAAGAGCUAUUGAUAGCUUUGAUCGUAGGAUCCUCACAGUUUACAUGGAUGAGUAUCUGGGAGACUUUAUAUUUGACACCUUCCAGCCUUUCCACUUCUUCAAAAAUAAAGAGGUGGACUACAAGAUCCCACAAGACGGACUCAAGCAGAUUUAUGUUGAUGAGAUUGAGUCUCUACCACUUGCUAACACGGCAGAGGUGUUUGGUCUGCACCCUAACGCUGAGAUCGGAUACUACACGCAGGCUGUCCGAGAUAUGUGGGGUCAUCUCAUAGAUCUGCAGCCACAGACAGGGGACUCGGGUGGUGGUAUUAGCAGAGAUGAGUACAUCAGCCAGGUGGCACGGGACAUUCAGAGCAAGCUGCCCAUUGUGUUUGACCUGGACGUGAUCCGCAAGAAGUUUGGGCUGGAGAUAUCCCCCACAUCAGUAGUACUGCUGCAAGAGCUGGAGCGCUUUAACAAACUCAUUCUCAGGAUGAGUCGAUCUCUGGCUGAACUACAGAAAGCCCUGGCUGGUGAGGUGGGAAUGAGCAAUGAGUUGGAUGAGGUGGCGAGAGCUCUAUUUAAUGGUCAGAUUCCUGUCAUCUGGAGGAAACUGGCUCCAGACACUCUCAAAUCUCUGGGAAACUGGAUGAUCCACUUCAAGAGACGAUACAAACAAUACAGCUCAUGGGUGGAUGAGGGAGAGCCCAGUGUGAUGUGGUUGUCAGGAUUACACAUCCCAGAGUCAUACCUGACAGCACUGGUCCAGGCCACCUGCAGGAAAAACAGCUGGCCUCUGGACCACUCCACUCUCUACACACAAGUUACACACUACAGGAGUGAGGAGGAGGUCAAAGAGAGACCAGGACAGGGGUGUUUUGUGUCAGGGCUUUAUCUGGAGGGGGCAGACUGGGACAUUGAAAAGGGCUGUCUGGUCCGCAGUAAACCUAGAGCUUUAGUUGCUCAACUUCCCAUUCUCAAAAUAAUUCCCAUUGAAGCACAUCGCCUUAAACUCCAGAACACCCUGAAGACUCCAGUCUACACAACCUCUAUGAGGAGGAAUGCUAUGGGUGUUGGCCUAGUGUUUGAGGCAGACCUCUUCACCACCAAACACAUCUCUCAUUGGGUACUGCAGGGAGUGUGUCUAUGCCUCAAUGGUGACUGAUUGUUUGUAACCAUAAGUUUCAUUCUACUGUUCUCUAAUUAAAAUAGCAUACAUAUAUGUUGAUAUGCAAUAAGUUUAAGAAGUAAUUUAUGGAAUAAUAGAAUGUCUUGAUCCAAAAGAUUUUUAACUUAUUUUUUAUUAAAAUUUCAAACCUGUAAUGCUGUCAGUGUUGACUAAUUAAAAGCAACACCUAUUGCUAGGGCCA